UCCUUCGCGCCGCCGUCGUUGACCGUCCUCCCGGCAUGGCUUGCAGAUGAGAAGUGCAUUCACUCCGUUGCGUCGUUCCAAUUGCCGUUCCGGCCACCCACCCGCCCUCUCUGUCCAGCUGUCCCCUCGGUGAGACCCGAACUGGCCGGAUCGACCUCGCAGACGCGUGCCAUCAGCGAAGGAUGGGGUGGUUCACGACCCUGUCGGGGUACCUCACCCCGGCAUUCCUCAUUCUCUCCCCGUUGCUCUCGUACAGCGACCAGGCCUACUCGAUGUACCGGACCCGAUCCAGCGCCGGCUUCUCCCUCGACAUCCCGCUCAUCAUGCUCGUCGCGUCGCUGCUCAGGAUAUUCUACUACCCCGGCGCGAAAUACGACAACGCACUGCUCAUCCAGUCGUUCGUCAUGGUUGCCAUGCAGGUGGUGCUGCUGAAGAUCGCCCUCGACCACCGGCCGGCGCCGUAUUCGAAGGGAGGCGACGCGGCCGUCCCGUUCGCCCGCGUAAACGAAUCGCAGCGGCCGUUCAAUUUCUGGCAGUGGAGGUCGCCAAAACCAUACUGGCAGUUCCUUCUGUCCCUGUUCGCUGGCCUGCUGGUCUGCGAGUUCUUGCUGGCCCCGAUUCCUUUGGUCUACCAGUCGUACUCGUCGCUGCUCGGGUACGUGGGCCUCUCGGUCGAGGCCACACUGCCCAUCCCGCAGCUCCUUGCAAAUGCGCGCUCUCGAUCCUGCAAGGGCUUCCGCUUGUCGGUUUUGGCCAGCUGGCUGGUCGGCGACGCCAUGAAGAUGUUUUGGUUCUUCACGUCGACGACGUCGAUCCCGUGGGCGUUCAAGAUUUGUGGCAUGUUCCAGGCGGCUUGUGAUGCGCUUCUGGGUGUGCAGUAUCUCCUGUAUGGUGACGGUGAGACCGUGACGAAGGCCCAUCAGUCUCCCAUCUACGAGCUGCAGCCGAACGGCUUUGCCACCGCCAGUGGACAUGGGGGCCAUUCACCGGGCCGAAGGACAUCAACGACGGAGAAGAGCACAUGAUUUUUUUUUUUCCAAGCUGCUUUGGAUAGACUUCUAGACUUGGAUAAUUUCAAAAGCAAAUAGCGACUGAGCUGAUGCACAGUGUCACUUCAGUGUGUGUUGGUGGUCUGUGUGGGGAUCAGCCAAGGCAGUGAAUUGCUGUUAGGACGCAACUCCCAGCCACAUAACAACAACUCCAAAACAAGCCCAUGCUUGAGCAUAAUGGUUGUGGUUCAAAGCUCGUGACAUUGAACAACAUUUGACGCAUUUAAUACAGCAGUUUUCUU